AUGUAUAUUGCAUUUUAUAUCUGUGAUACUAAGAACCAACUGGUCUUUCAGUAUCUUUGUGAUAGUAUAGCACCCCAUUUCUCCAAGCUGCUGACUAGAAUACAUUCACUUUGCCCGGAAGUGUUAGACGUUGAAACUCGUGGUAAUGUUAGUAAAGAUUUGAAGAUAUACAGGUAUUUUUCCGCGACGAAUAAUUUAAACUAUUAUGCAUUGACUAUUGUGAGCCGUCAUCAUGAUUUGGAGCCUCAUCAUGUACUGGAAAGUAUUGAUACUUUGUUAGUGGAAUAUUUCAAUAAGACCAAUUUAACUACAACUAAGAUUAUGAAUAAUUAUGAUAGAAUGACGAUUCUUUUUGAUUUAUUGAUUGACGGUGGCAUAAUUGAUGGUAAUAAUUUCUACAUGAAUAAACUAAGAAACCAAAUACCUUUGAAGAAUGAUUUUUCCAACUUUAUUAACGAUGCAGCUAAAUCGUUACAAAAGGGACAAGCUCCAAGUAAGACAGUAGACAAUGAAGUGGUUCCCUGGAGAAGUAAAGAAAUUAAAACAGUUCGGAACGAAAUAUACGUUGAUGUGAAAGAGACCUUAUAUGUUACUUUAAUUAAAUCUAAUAGAGCAUCACAUAGACUAAAAUUACUUAAUGGGUAUAUUAAUGGUAGCGUUAGCGUUGAUUCUUCUAUUGGUGGGGUACCUAUGCUAGAAGUGUCGUUUGGUGGCUGUGACUUCAAAGAUAUAAUACCUAAGUUUCAUGAUUGUGUUGAAGUUAAUGAAUUUUUAACAAAUGAUGGUAAUAUAAUUAAAUUUAUACCACCAGAUGGUAAAUUUCAAUUGAUGGAAUACAGUAUGGCGUUGUCAUCGUUUAAUGACAAUUUGAUAAGUUGUAAUUUUACGAAUGGUUUAGGUAAUAGCAACGAUGAGUUCGAAAUUACUUUAAAUAUAAAUAAAUCAAAUAAAGUUCCAAAGAUCAACAAUUUACAAGUGUGUCUGAAUUUUGAGAACAGAGAAGGACAAAGCAAAGUUAAGAUAUUGCGGAAUACACAUGGAAGGUUUGAAUAUGGUAAGAACACAUGGAUAUUUGACAGUGAAUUAUUGACCGGAACAUUACCGGUAUUGAGGGGAUGUGUAGAAGAGGAGACUAAGAAUGAAGAAGAUGGUGGUAUUGAUGGAGAAGGGAGAAGAAUAUUGUCUAAGUUGAGGCCAGAAUUACGUAGUGUUAUAAUGUCAUUCCAAUAUGAGGGACAACUACCUAGUGGAACAAGAGUGUCUAGCAUCAACAUAAGGAACGACAGCACGUCGAAUCCUCAAAGACAACAGUUAUUUAAAGGUGUGAAGUACGUUACCAAGACUUCGAACUACGAGAUUCGUGGUUGA